UUUUUUGGCCGGUAAUGCGGUCUGGCAACACUUCUCUUUUCGGAAGCAGCCAGCUUCUGCUUGUUUCCGCAAUAUAGCGUUGCGUUUGGAAAUUAAAGCAGUAAAAUGCCCAGAAUCGACAAUGACAUUAAAUUGGACUUUAAAGACGUACUUUUAAGACCCAAGAGAAGCACGCUGAAGACCAGAAGCGAAGUCGACUUAAAUCGUUCCUAUAAGUUUCGAAACUCCGAAAAAUGUUACGAAGGCAUUCCCGUCAUCGCCGCCAACAUGGACACCGUCGGAACUUUCGAAAUGGCAAUUACUCUUUCCAAGUAUGGACUGUUCACUGCCAUCCAUAAGCAUUAUUCAAUUGAUCAAUGGAAAGAGUUUGCAGCUAAUAAUCCACAAGUUUUAAAGGAUGUUGCUGCUAGUUCUGGAACAAGUUCAAAUGAUUUUGAGAAAUUGAAUACUAUUUUGAAUGAAAUACCUCAGAUUCAAUAUAUAUGUCUUGACGUGGCAAAUGGUUAUUCUGAGUUAUUCGUAGAAUUUGUCAGACAAGUUCGGAAGACAUUUCCAUCUCAUACUAUCAUGGCAGGUAAUGUUGUGACGGGAGAAAUGGUUGAAGAACUUAUACUCUCUGGUGCUGACAUAAUUAAAGUGGGUAUUGGACCAGGAUCUGUAUGUACUACUCGCAAAAAGACUGGAGUUGGCUAUCCACAGUUAAGUGCAGUUAUUGAAUGUGCUGAUGCAGCUCAUGGCCUUGGUGGACAUAUCAUUUCGGAUGGAGGCUGUACUUGUCCGGGUGAUGUAGCCAAGGCAUUUGGUGCAGGAGCUGAUUUUGUCAUGGUGGGUGGAAUGCUUGCAGGUCAUGAUCAAUCUGGAGGUGACAUCAUUGAAAAGAAUGGAAAGAAGUUCAAAUUAUUCUACGGCAUGAGUUCGGCCACUGCCAUGAAGAUGUAUCACGGAGGUGUGGCUGAGUACAGGGCUUCGGAGGGCAAGACAGUAGAAGUGCCAUACCGCGGCAAUGUGGAAGCCACUCUACAGGAUAUCCUGGGUGGCCUGCGCUCUGCCUGUACCUAUACUGGAGCAGGAAAACUGAAGGAGUUGCCCCGACGGACGACGUUCAUCAGAGUCACUCAGCAGGCAAACGAAAUAUUCUAUAGUGAGACACGUGAAAAUUAAAAUCUGUCAUCGUGCAUUUCCUUAACAAUAGUUAUUUAUUUUUAAAUUUAUUUAUUUAUUAUCUUUGUAAUAUAAUAAACGGUAGACGUAGUGUCGUUCGACAGCUAGACCUAGUCAUUUUAGAUGGGAGCGCACAUCCCUCGAUCACUGUGAUAACUUCCUAUUAUUUUCACCUACGAAAAUUGCUUGAGAACUUCUUUCAACUGUUGAUCAUUGUGGUUGUCUCAAGGAGGAAUUUUGUCUUUUUUAUGGCAUAUAUUCAUCCUUUCCAACAAAGAUAGAGAAGAGAGAUUGCAGCCUAACUAAUCAGUUCUAAUUUCUGGAGCACAAUGUGAUUUUUUUUUUUAAUGGCAUAAUCUCUCUUGGUUCAAGUCGUUCGCUACGUUUGCCGUGCCAAUUCUUGGUUAGACGCGAUGGGAGUGUUAGAGAAGUGCACCUACAAAAUAGCCUAUUUACUAACGUCCAUUUUUUUAAACAAAUUAAAUAUUAUUUUAAAUGUUAAACUAAUACGCAAUUUUUUUUUCUUUUGUUUUUUCCCAAGUUCCCUGUUCCUCGUGACCUCCUUCAAUAGUCAAAAGUUUAACUGGAAAACCACAGUCGCAGCCUCCCACUCAUUAGCGAGACGAUCUUAUUUUUUUGAUAUUUAGGCAGAACUGUCAUAGAUGGAAUGUGUCAAGAAUUCUGCACACUUUUCUACUAUUCCAUUUGGUAGCGAUGCAUCGGAACUUCUGUCAUUCCAUUCGAGUACCAAUAUGAUAGAUGGGCCACUAGAUGAAUGGGAUGAUAGAAAUUAAGUAAUAUGUAAUUUUAAACGAAAU